AUGACGACGAAAAAUAUAAACGUUGAAAAUUUAAUUUCUCUUGUCCAAAAUCGGCCAGUUUUAUGGGACAAAACUCUCGAAAUAUACAAGGAUAAAAACUUGAGAACUGCUGGCUGGCGAGAAAUAUGUAUAAAUUUAAAUGAAGAUUUUGAAGAAAUGGAGGAGAAAAACAGGCAGGAUUAUGCUAAAUCGAUCGUAAAGAAGUGGACUAAUAUUAGAGACAGCUGGAUGAGGAGUAUUAAUGAGAAAAAGAAAUCAAAAAAAUCAGGAUCGUCUGCGACAUGUCCGAGAGCCUACGUUUAUCAUCGUCAAAUGUUGUUCUUAAAAAAAAUUGUGUCGCCAGCUGACACACAUGAUAGUGCAACUAUUGUUACACCAAACCCAGCAGACGAUAGUACAGCCGCUACAGUUACAUCAGAUGUUACCCAUGACAGUGCGAUGGCUCAGGACAAUUUAGGGCUUGAACACAAAACUGCGAUGCGACGCGACGCGAAUUCGCAACGCAGAAAAUUACGACACGAAUUGCUGCGACGCGAUUUCGUGCGGCAAGGCGUCUCCCAGGGUGACCAUUCCUUCUACGACCGUCAACCGUACUAA